UAUGACAUGCUCUGUUCCUCCUAAUUAUGGGGGUUCACUUUACUUGAGAGUUUUGGGCUGUUUCAUAAAAAUGCCUCUGAGUUUGUGAUCAUCUGAAGCCUGAAGCCUGGGUCGGUCUUUCUUCAAACUCCAUGUGCUUUAUUGUUGGUGGAAACUCCACCAAGAUUUUCCCAGGAAGGGCUCCUCGGUCUUGGUUGCUGGUGGGUGAGUGUCUGUCGGUCUGUUUCUGCGAGCGUCAGGCGCUCGGGCCGGGAGAGGUGGGGGGACGCCCCUGGGACGCUGUCCCUCACUCAUGAGGACGAUGUUCUCUCUCCGGGUGUUGCUGGGUCCCACGGGAACUCCAUGCUUCCCCGUCUGAAGAGCCACAGGCAGCUUUCCAAGGCAGGCUUAUGUCCCCACCAGCGGCCUGCGGUGUCCGGAGUCCUUGCCAACACUUGCCGGUCCCUGAUUUCUGCUUAUUAACCCGGGGAGAGCGGCGCGGCCUCGCUGGUGACGCAAACCUCCCUUCUGCUCACCUGACACAUGCGUGUCUUCCUUGGAAGGAAGUCUCCCCAGGUCCUUGGUCCGCUUACCGAGUGGUGGGUUGUUCCAUUGUCGCGUUGCGUCCUGACAGUUCUGAGGCCUCUCCCAGGAGCGGGUGCCGCACGGCUCUCAGCAGGAAGUACACUCGCUCCCCUGGUGUGACCGAGGCCUCGGUCCGUGCUGUCAGCCCGGAGGACGGUGGCGCAUCUAACGAUGGUUUUCCUCCCUCCGUUCCACGUGUUGCCACUGAUGGGUUUUUAUUUGCUUGUCUCUCUUGGUGUUUGCGUGUGUAUCUCUAAAUGUACUUUUGCCGCUGUUGCUUGAUUCACCGGCUCCGAGGGAUGGUCCCGACUCUCCGUCCGGCAGAAGACAAGACUCGUGAGGUCGGCGUGCGGCCCCGAGCCGUAAGCCGGAGGACGGUACCGAUCCGUGUCUUCACGCCUUUCUCCGUCUCAUAUACACACGCACACCACAUAUUUUCUUGAGCGAUUUAUGCAAAAGUGGCCCGAAUACAUAGUUUGGAUCUCUUGUUUUCUCUUGUGAAAAUCGCUUCCAGUGGUCUCAGACAGGAGGUUAUUUGUAAAGGGUCGUGGUGAUGAGGAUGGCCUGUGUGUGCCAGCUUCCCCGUGGUGGCGGCUCUCUGUCCUUCUGUCCUUGGUCGAAACAACGUAAUGAGAGGCUUUGCCCGUCACUAACUCACUUGGUAAAUGUCAUGGGGGGAUGCGUCCUUGCACAGCGGCCUCUUGCUUCUGUUGGCAUUUUGAGGGAGUUCCCAGUGAAUGGCACCUUUCUUCCCCAUUUAGAGUCUAAACGCACUGAACAAACAAGUAAGAAAGUAAUAGAAACAGACACCGCCUUCAUCUCUGGCAGCAGCCGAAUCGGAGGAUUUGCCCUUAGGUGUAUCUGCCAAAGGGGCUUCCAGGAAGACCACGGAUACCCCACCUGUCGCUCCACUGUGAGUCCGGAACGGGGCACGGGGUGCUGGGGGCACAGCUCUCCAGGUGCGGACCAGGAGCGCCGAGUGCAUUGCCCCCUCCUGCUUCCCCGGCGAGCUCCCCGGGAGGGAGGGGGCGUCUGGGUGUCUGUCCCGAGGAGGGCUGGAACAGACCGACAGACACUCCCUCACCGGCAACCAAGACUGAGGAGCAAUUCCUGGGAAAAUCUGGGCGGAAUUUCUCCUCCUCGGGACAGACACCCAGACGCUGUCCCUGUGCCUCCUGUCCGCUGCCUCCUGGGGAGCAGGUGUCCCAUCUCACUGGCGUCUCUGUCCCCAUGCCAAGGGCUCCUUCUCCCCUUCUCCUCCUCCUCCCCUGGGAGCACCUUCCCGAAAUUCCCUCUCUCCGCCCCCCCUUCUCUCGAGGAUUUAUGCUCUCACAGUCGUGCUCUGCGGCUUCAGUGUGGUUUCGAGGAAGAGACGAGGUCCGUGCGUGUGGGCUCCUCCCUGUCACGCUGGAAUCCUGAUGACUGGUUUCAUGGAGUGGGAGAGCGAGGCUCAGAGGGUCCUGCGUGUGGGUCAUCACUUCCCACCACUGUGGGGAAGGGUCCGUCCACGAGGGCCCUGGGCCCCGCUCACCUGGCUUUGACCCGGGUGCAGACUGGCCCUCAGUUCUGCACAAGGGCACGUUCACGGCUCUCCUGCUCCGCGAGGCACGACCGUCAGAAUCUUCCUCGGCGUCACGUUUGAUGCACAGUUGCAGGGAGGGGGAGGGGACGCAGCAGGAGCAGGAGACCUGGCUGGGGGCUCUCGGCCACGUCCAGUGCUCCCGCAGACUGUUGGGAACCCCAGAAACGGUGUUUGCCUUGGUCAAAUAUGUGGGAAGUGUUGUCGAGGGACAACAGCUGUUGUGGUCCCGGUCAGGGCCACUGGCACAGAAGUGUCUUCGAGACUUGCGUCCCUGGAUGAGGGGUGGGGGGCUGUCCAGCAGGGGCACGGCCGUGAGCUGGGCCCCUGCCCCAGGAGACGUGGGAGACACACUCGGAUGUGACCUCGUCUAGCGUGACGGUGGGUUUUUAUUAGGGCCCCUUUACACCCACAUGAGGCAGAGGUGGUGAGACUCAGAAGGCUUAUUGUUAUUUUGGGGUCUGGGGGUCAUGGGUAAUUUGUAUUUUCUUCUUUAUGCUUUUUUAUGCAUUUCCUGGAUUUUCUGCCACGAGCAGAUGCGGCUUCUGUGAAAGUAGCACUUUCCCGAGGUGUUUAGCUUCCUGCCGUGGCUUCUCCCGCGGUCCUCGGGGCGCAGACUUGCGCUAGUCAGUUCUGGGGGAGUUUCAGGGGAGCGGAGGUCACACGGGCCAGGCAGGUGGCCUCCUUUUUAAGGAGUAUGUGUGGGUCCGCCCCCUCAGGCUCUGGCCUGUCUCCUUCAGUGAGAUGCUUCUCUGGGUUAAUCACGGGACUUGUCUAAAAAUACUCUCUCCGAACCAGUAAAAUGACCGGUGUUUACAUUUGGUUAAAAAUAGCUUUUAAAACUUAUUAUUAUUAUUAUUAUUAUUGCAAAAGAACUUAGAACAAUCCCAGAAAAGUUUUAAGAGCC